AUGGAGACUGUUGCCCUCCAGACAAACUCCUCAUCGUCUCACAGCUCAGACGAUGCAGAGGUCCUCUCUCAGACUGGCUUCACCAUACUGGCCGUUAUCAUGGGUGUUUUUUCUGCAGCGGGGAUCAUCCUCAAUGUCCUGGUGAUCGUGGUGACAGUGAGACACAGGCAGCUGAGGCAGCCCCUCAGCUACGCGCUGGUGAACUUGGCUAUAUGUGACCUGGGCUGUGCUGUGUUUGGAGGUCUGCCCACCACAGUGACCAGUGCCAUGGGAUACUUCAGCCUGGGACGUGUGGGCUGUGUGCUGGAGGGCUUUGCUGUCGCUUUUUUUGGUAUAGCAAGUCUUUGUACAAUAGCAGUGAUUUCUGUUGAACGCUACAUAGUGGUGUGUUAUCCCAUGGGUGCCGUCCUGUUCCAGACCAGACAUGCAGUGGCAGGAGUGGUGCUGUCCUGGGUGUGGUCGUUCGUGUGGAACACUCCACCUCUGUUUGGUUGGGGAAGUUAUGAGCUGGAGGGAAUAAAGAUUUCCUGUGCCCCCAAUUGGUACAAUCGUGACGUUGGUAACAUGUCCUACAUCCUCAUGUACUUUUUCCUUUGUUUUGCCAUACCCUUCUCCAUCAUCACCGUGUCCUACUCCCGUCUCUUGUGGACUCUCCGUCGGGUGACCAAGCUGCAGGUAUCUGAGGCUGGGAGGACAAAUCGUGUGGAGGUGCAGGUGGCACGUAUGGUGGUGGUGAUGGUGUUGGCCUUCCUCGUCACCUGGCUGCCAUAUGCUGCCAUGGCCUUGGCUGUCAUCAUAGACUCCAGCCUCUAUAUUGACCCGGUGAUCGCAACCAUACCUGUUUAUUUGGCUAAAAGCAGCACGGUCUACAACCCCCUCAUAUAUGUUUUCAUGAACAGACAGUUUCGAGGAUACGCUGUACCUACAAUCCUGUGUGGCUGGAAUCCGUGGGCCUCAGACUCACAGACGUCUGAGGGGGAGAUGACUGUCGCCACUAUCAACAAGAGCCAGAGAGUCUCACCUAAACAAUCUUUAAAAGAAUAAAAGAAUGUAUGAAUGCACCGGGGGCUCAGUCCUGAGGAAACAUCAGAUCAUCUUAACUCAACCAACUCCCUCUUUACUGGACUGUAAGCAAAGAUGUAUUCUUAUUUAACUUAAGAAUAUCAACCUGAGUCUGGUGUGGAUGCCAGGAAUGAAGGAUGCUCCAAAUUCUGUCCCAUAUAACAAAUAUAUAUAUGAAUAAA